AUGUCAAAUUUAGUAACAAAUCUAAACCUUCCUGUGGGACUGACAAUCAUUGUGAGGAUAGACAGCUGCACCAGCCUUGAAACUGAAUUGUGGGAGGUGUACAAAGGACUAACAAUCAUUCUCCAAAAAGGCUUCAACAACGUGAUUGUGGGAACCGAUGCUCAGGAAGUAGUCAAGCUGCUUGAAGAAGGCCUUGGAGACAAACACCCUUACAAAGGUCUAACGGAAGAUGCAAUGAUCAUAUUCAAUGGCUGCCAAUGCACUGCUCAACUUGUCUAUCGUGAAGGAAACUUAUGCAUGGAUGCUCUAGCCAAAUUGGGAGCUGCACAACUUGAAGACAUCUUAGUUGUUAAUGACCCCCCAGCUGAGAUUCGUAAGCGGCUAGUGGCUGAGAUGUUGGGGAUGCGUAGAGAGAGAACUUAG